UCCGGAAACCGGGGCUACGAAUUCGCGAGUGUCCUACGGAACGCCGGACAAAGAUUCCGGUAUCGUACACAGAAGCGGCGGUAUUAGCCAAAACGGGACUGCCGGUACAACCAAAGGAUAUCUACGAAGAAAGAAGAGGACGGUGCAAGUCGCGGGUAAUUAUCGGAAAGGUGGAGGUAUACGAGGGCUACGAUAGUGGGCAAAACGUGUCGGUGCCACAAGAACCGACACCGAGCCUAUCAGAGAACAACAAGUUACCUUUGCAACUGAGCGAGAAUAAUCGCCGCGAAGAAAACCUUUGGUUGACGACAGAGGAGGUAAAUCAACAGUUAAGGCAUUCUGAUACGAGAGCCGCAGUGGCGGGUGAACUGGCUUGCCUCGCGGGUUACAUGGCGGGGUACCUGAAGGCUACCGGCGCCACUUGCGCUCCGACCAGUAGUCCUCAGUACCAUCCCCACAGUCAUCCAGCAAUGGGAGUCGGCACCCAUCCACAUCCGCAUUCGCAUACACAUCCAGGAGCCCCACACCCAGGACUACCGUCACCAUUUGCACUAGCUACUCAUGGUCAUCCGCAUCCUCAUCCCUUGGAACAUGGACUAGCUGCCUUCCCACAAGGAAUGAAUCAACGUAAACAACGCCGAGAAAGGACAACUUUCACGAGAGCACAAUUAGAUGUAUUAGAAGGACUUUUUACAAAAACAAGAUAUCCGGACAUAUUUAUGCGCGAAGAGGUUGCUCUAAAAAUUAACUUACCUGAAUCACGAGUGCAGGUAUGGUUCAAGAAUCGUCGUGCGAAAUGCAGACAGCAAUUGCAACAGCAACAGCAGACUUCACCUUCGAAAGGAUCGCCGAGAUCAAAUCAGAACCAAAAUAAUAGUAGUAAUAGUAAUAAAAUGCCGACAACCUCAUCAGCGUCAACCAGUAGACGCUCAUCGCCAGUUUCUCCACCACGCGGGAAAGAGGCACCCGGACCGAAUUCGCCUCUCUUAUCGACGACCUCGACGUACCCGCGUCUGGGUGUGACGCCGACCGGCGGAAGCGGAGCAAACAGCGCACUAACUACACCUUCUCCGCCGCUGACUCCAGGUUCGAGUCAGUUGCCGCCAUCGUCGUAUCCCCCGCCAAUGAAUCAACUUCAUCAUAGCGAAUAUGGUUUCGCUUGGAGUUCAUCGUCACCCGGCUCGGUGAACCCGAGCCAAUGUUACGCUGGGCAGACCUACAAUGCCUAUCAGAAUCCGUAUACCAGCAGCGAUUACUAUCCAACUCAGAUCUCGCACAUGCAUCACAGCCCCCAAGGAAAUUAUCAUCCGCAAUAUCACCACAAUAUGGCAUUGACGUCCUCCAUGUCACACUUAACUAGUCAUCAUUUGAAUCCAACAGGCAGUAACGACAUGGCCACUUCGUCGGAGUCCGAUGGUUAUAUACUAUCUGACCAGAAGUAUCAGGCGAUGGUAUAGCGGCCUGGCAGAAACUCUGGCAUUCUUCGUCGCACUCAGGAAACUACAUCUACUGGAUCCUUUGCCACUUAUAAUUAAAUCGCGAAUUUUUAUGCAGAUAUCGUGACAUUUAAAGAUACGCAAGGUAUAUACAAGAUAUAUACGAGACAGUUCAUUUGUUGUUAUUUAACGACGAAGCAAAUUUCUCUCCAGGCUACAAAAUAGUGUUCAUUCCAUAUCAAAGCAUAAAUUUUCAUAAAGAUCCACGGUCUACUAGCGAUUGCUUCCGAAAUACGAUGAUAAAUCAUGUCAAAGCAGUGAAACCUAUUUCGGUAAUGAUUGACAGUGGCAGGGAUCCUGUUUAGGUUCAUUUUCCAGUUCGGCAAGAGAAUAUUCGAAUAAGAAUAAAUUAUAUAGACCACUUGUUGCAUAGGUAAGAAAAUCAAAAAACAUUGAUUGUAAUUACCUCUAUCUUCAUUAAUUAAUAUCUUACAAGAUAUAAUUCAUAUGACUGGAUCUUACGAUUAUCGUUGCGGGAAUAAUGUAGGGAAGGAAUAGAAUAAAACGGAAAAACUCCCGAUGUAUUUGUCUUUUGUUAUAAUUCUUCGGUAUUCUCUCGAACCUUCUCGAGGCUGGUGUUCCUUUUCAAGAAAUGUUAGGGAUAGUGCCGAUCAUAGUGCCGAUCAUAGUGCCGAUCAUAGUGCCGAUCAUAGUGCCGAUCAUAGUGCAAAAUAAAAUUCUCGGGUACAAUUCAAAUUAAUAUCGUAAUAGACUAAUUCCAUGUAUGGUCAGAACUAAGGGAUCGAUGGUAAUUGAUUAUUACUUUCGACAUUGAAUUUUACCACGUGUUCGAAGACAAAAAGAUGUCUAAAUGAUGUCUGAAUGCCUAAUGUCUAGAUGUCUAAAAUUCGUAAUUUAAAUUUUCAGUAGGCGAUAUAAAUGUCUAUGAACGUUGAUUUACAGCAUGGUCAUUUCCGUAGUGUGUAUUCAUUGAAGUUUUAUGUUAGGAAUGAUUUGAAUAAGGGUAGUAAGAGUAUUUACUCUAAUUUCGUACAUCACUCAUGUUCGUCAUUAUUAAAUAAAUAAUUAUUAAAUAAAUAAUUAUUAAAUAAAUAAUGACGAGCAUGAGUGAUGUACGAAAUUAGAGGGUGUUUCAUUAUUAUUUAUCUACGACAUCUUUCUCGUUGUAUUAUAUUUAACCGAAUACCAGGCGAUCGAGAACACAAGCACAGUAGUCCCUUGCAACUAUUUACAAUCGGAAAUGGAAAAGAAUAUCUGAUCCUGAUCAACUCGAUUCCAUUCGACGCGUGUUCUUAUUUUUAUCGUUCGAAGCUGAAACGAAAUUCAAACGUUUUUACAAUUGACGCGAGAGUGAAGUUUCCUUCCUUCCAACAAACAAUUACGUUUGUUCUCUUGUAUGGGUUUCCGAUUAAUUUAAUUUCUCCUUUCACGAUUAUUUCAUCGCCUCUAAGAAUUUAAUUUUCAUCGUUUCGAAUUAUUUCCAAGAUUAUAAUACAUAAGAAUCCGCAACAAUGUUUCGCGUCCGAUCGCGAGAUGACUAUCGCAGUAGGAACAUUUUUUCCAAACUUAAAAACAGUCGGGAAAAACGAAAUAGUGCAAUUGCGAUAAUUGGGAGGAGGUCGUGCGUGCUCGUUGAUCUCUGGAUUCAUAGGGCUUAUUAUACGCUUAUUAUAAUUAUUCUAUCCUUUUUCCAUUUUUAUCUCUUUCUUAUUGUAAUUUUUAGUAGUAUUAAGGAGUGUACCGAAGCCGAAAAGGUUCGAGAGUGUUAGAUAGUGUGCAUACCUAUCACUAUCUAUCUUCGUCUGUUCCAUUUCGUGACAAGGGAAACUGGUAUUAAAUUAUAGAUCGUUUCUUGCAGUUACGACCGAUUUCGGUCUGGAUCUGCGAGGUAUUAUUGUAUAUUCCGCGUAUACAACUCUAAUGUAAACUAUCGUGAGUUGAAACAUAAAGUUAAUUGAAAUAAAAAAUGAAAAAAAUAUGAGGUAUCAGUAAAUUUAAGAAUAGCAAAUGGCAGUGUAAGCUGUAAUUGAUUAUUGUGCGUAUAGAUUUAAGUUACUUUGUAACAAUACAACGCAAGCUGUACAUAAUUAUUAGACUUAUAAGGUACAUGAUUAUUCUAUCAUGUAAGAAGAGAAUCUUACUACGUCAAAAAAUAAAUCGUCGCAUAUUAUUAAUAA